GAACACUAUAACUUUAAGAGUCGAAUGACUUGUUGUUCCUUUCUGCAGGAAAUCACAUGGAGGUGCUCUCGUGCUCACAUGACAGUCCGAGUCAUGGCAGCGGAGAUCAAUGAAGGUUCAGUUCCUGCAUAUUACAGGGAAGUUUACGAUGCCAUCUGCUGCAGAACCAGUGGGAGAGUUCAGGUUGAAGUUUUUCACAAGUUACUUCAAAGGACCAACCUCCCCAAAGAGGCUCUCAACCAGAUUGCCGAGCACGUGGAGUCCACACAUGGAUUCCUGAGCAAGCUGUCCUUCUACAAAGCUCUCGCCCUGAUUGCUCUGGCUCAGCAGGGAAAGCAGCCCCGCCCCAAACUUUUGGAGAACUGCAUACAGGAGCUGCCAAAGCCUCAGCUCGGUGACCCCAGAGACCUGAGCGCUCUGAGGAUGCAGCCAGCUCAGGAGGAUGUGCUGACCAUUUCCCAGACUCUGGACAAGCUUUUGGUGAAAGACACGGUUAAGGUGGAGCUCACACCUGAGAAGAAAGGCCUGUUUCUCAAAUAUGUCGAGUAUCAGGUCACAAGUCAGCGCUUCAAAAUACCAGUUUACAGACGUUACAGCGACUUUGAUGUCUUCCAUGAGGUUUUGCUCCAGAGAUUUGCUUACAGGGUGGUGCCGGCGCUGCCACCUAAAAGGAUGUUAAAGGGAGUCCUGACCUCCGUCUCCGAGCGGGACUUCAUUGAAGGAAGGAGACGAGCUCUUGGCAGAUUUAUUAACUUGGUGGCGUGCCAUCCUUUCUUCUCUGAGGACGAGCUGGUCAAGACGUUCCUCACCUUCAGUGGCUCUGAUGUCCAGACCAAACUGCGUGACACUUACAAGAAAACCGGCGAUGAGUUCAUGACCAACAGAAUUGCAACCCUGGCUAAGGAAUAUCUCCCAGCAGACAUUCAGGCUCAGUUUUCAACCAGCAGGGAGGUGAUCAGGAAUAUCCACAACAGCUUCCAGCGGCUGCGGGACCGAGCGGAGAAGAUGGCCGAGCGCUCCCGGGAGAACGCCUCUGACCUGAAGUUGUUUGGCCAGGAGCUCAGCUCUCUGGGCCUGGAUGCUUCACCGCUUCCUCCCCUGGCCCCCACUCAAAGCACUUGGGGGGCUUUGCGUGAGUCUUUUAAGAGCCUGUCUGUGGAGUUUGAUGUGCUGUCUGACAAAGCUACUCAGCAGGGCAGAAGAGAGGAGGAUGAUGUUGUAGAAAAGCUGAAUCUCUUCUUAGAUUUGCUGCAGUCCUACAGACAAGAAAGUGCCAUUCAAACCAUGGAGCUGCGCAACUACUUCUCCCUGUUCUGCCUUCAUCAAGAGACGCAGCUUAUCUUCACUUACCUUCCAAUUACGUCCCACAUUCUCGGGGCUUUUGUUAACUCCCAGGUCCAAGGACACAAAGAGAUGGGAGACGUCUGGAAUGAACUCCAGCCAAAACUGGGAUGUCUUUUUGCCAGUAAAAAUGGAGUGAAAUCUUCCAUCUGAAACCUCCAUCAUCAUCAUCAUGUGAUGACUAGAAACACUCCCACUUGUGUGAAAUGGAUUUCAUCAAUCACACUUCUGCUUUUCACUAAAGAUCAUCAUUGGA